AUGUUAAUCAAAAUUUCUGAAAGUUGGAAGGCUAGGAUAUUUGUGACUUCCUUACUCAAUUUUUCAUUUUGGAGUAAGAGUCAGGAUAGUUUUGAAGUGUUAUAUUGCAACAAAAUUUAUACGGGCUAUUGGGCCCUCUGUGCAGCAGUUAACCGAGCUAUCGAUGAAGGGGUAAACUUGUUAAAUCCUGAAGUAUAUCAAACUGUGACAGAGGAACAAUUGAGACAUAUAUUUCGUUCACAUACAGCUGAGCCUAUACCAUUAUUUGAUGAAAGAUUAAAUGCUCUGAGAUGUGCUGGGAAAACUUUACUUGAGAAUUUCGAUGGGUCAUUUAAAAAUGCUCUGUCCUCGUGUGAAAAUUCUGCGGCAAAGCUUCUAAAGUUAUUGUGUGAUUAUUUCCCUUCUUUCCGCGACUAUAGUAUAUACAAAGGAAAACACGUGUCAUUCUUAAAACGUGCUCAGAUCUUGAUUGGUGAUUUGUGGUACUGUUUUGAGGGCAAAGGGUUGGGGUAUUUCCACGAUAUAGAUGAGAUUACUGCGUUUGCCGAUUACAGAGUUCCACAAGUGUUAUAUUAUUUUGGUGCUAUAGAAUACAGUGAGGAUUUAACAAAAAGGAUACGCAAUGGUGAGGAAAUUGCAAAUGGAAGCGAAUUAGAAGUUGAAAUUCGAGCAGCGACAAUACUAGCUGUGCAUAAUAUCGUCAAGUCCUUAAAUAGUAAAAAUAUUAGUUGCAAUUCAAUUGUGGUGGACAAUUUUCUUUGGAAUUAUCGACGUUCUCAUGCUGAUGAAAUUGAUGCCAAAAUUCCAAUGCAUAGGACACGUUGCAUAUACUAUUGA